AUGAUAUCCCUUAAACAAUUAACUGCUCUUCUUCUAACAUGGCUCUUAUGUGUGGCAGAAGGAGCAAGCAUUUCUUCUCCCAAUGCCACCAAAAUUGGGCAAGGUUACCGUCUUGUAUCUAUUGAAGACACCCCUGAUGGUGCUAUUGUUGGGCUCCUUCAAGUUAAGCAAAAAAACUAUAUUUAUGGCCCUGACAUUCCACUUUUACGCUUUUAUGUAAAGCACGAGACUGAGAACCGUUUAAGGGUACACAUUACAGAUGCAAGGAACCAAAGGUGGGAAGUUCCUUACAACCUUUUACCAAGGGAGAAACCACCGGUAUUAAAGCAGAAUAUUAAGAGGUCGAAUAAGAACUCAAUAUCAGUGUCAGAGUACUCUGGCUCUGAGCUGCUUUUUAGCUUCACUUCAGACCCGUUUAGCUUUGUAGUGAAAAGAAAGUCCAAUGGAGAUACCCUUUUUGACUCCACUUCUGAUGAUUCAGACCCAUUUAGCCCAUUGGUCUUCAAGGACCAGUACCUUGAAAUUUCUACCAAAUUACCCAAAGAUGCUUCUUUGUAUGGUUUGGGUGAGAACACACAACCGCACGGGAUCAAACUGUAUCCAAAUGACCCUUACACUUUGUAUACCACUGACAUAUCAGCCAUUAAUCUAAAUGCUGAUCUAUACGGGUCACACCCUGUGUACAUGGAUCUAAGAAAUGAAGGUGGCAAAGCUUAUGCCCAUGGUGUUCUGCUGCUGAAUAGUAAUGGAAUGGAUGUGUUUUACAGUGGAACGUCUCUGACAUACAAGGUUAUUGGAGGGGUACUCGAUUUUUAUUUCUUUGCUGGGCCCACUCCUCUUAAUGUUGUGGAUCAGUAUACUUCUUUCAUUGGCAGACCAGCUCCAAUGCCUUACUGGGCUUUCGGAUUCCACCAAUGCAGAUGGGGCUAUCACAACCUAUCUAUUGUGGAAGAUGUUGUGGAGAAUUACAAGAAGGCUAAAAUCCCACUUGAUGUGAUAUGGACAGAUGAUGAUCACAUGGAUGGCCACAAGGACUUUACACUCAAUCCAGUGAACUACCCUCGUCCAAAGCUUUUAAAAUUUUUGGACAAAAUACACAACAUUGGCAUGAAAUACAUUGUCAUCAUUGAUCCCGGAAUUGCUGUUAACUCCAGUUAUGGUGUAUAUCAAAGGGGUAUGGCUAAUGAUGUUUUUAUCAAGUAUGAAGGCGAACCCUACAUGGCUCAAGUUUGGCCAGGAGCAGUAUAUUUUCCUGAUUAUCUCAAUCCAAAAACAGUUUCUUGGUGGGGUGACGAGAUUCGUCGCUUCCAUGAACUUGUCCCUGUUGAUGGCCUAUGGAUUGACAUGAAUGAAGUUUCGAAUUUCUGCACUGGGAAAUGCAAAAUUCCAGAGGGAAGGUUGUGUCCACUUCCAAAUGGAAAUGUUCCUAAUUCCACAUGUUGUUUAGAUUGCAAAAACAUCACAAGCACACGGUGGGAUGAUCCUCCAUACAAAAUCAAUGCUAGAGGAGUAAAGGCUCCUAUAGGCUUCAAAACUAUAGCCACUAGUGCAGUUCACUAUAAUGGUGUGUUGGAAUAUGAUGCUCAUAGCCUUUUUGGUUUCUCUGAGGCCAUUGCAACACACCAAGCCCUUCAGCAACUUCGAGGAAAAAGGCCAUUUGUUUUGUCUCGCUCCACUUAUGUAGGUGCGGGCAAAUAUGCUGCACAUUGGACUGGUGACAAUAAGGGCACAUGGGAGGACUUAAGGUACUCAAUUUCUACUGUAAUCAAUUUUGGAAUAUUUGGCAUGCCAAUGGUUGGUUCAGAUAUAUGUGGUUUCUACCCUGCACCCACUGAAGAGCUUUGCAACCGGUGGAUUGAGGUUGGAGCUUUCUACCCUUUCUCAAGGGAUCAUUCAAGCUUCAUCUCCCCUAGACAGGAGCUUUACCAAUGGGACUCAGUAGCUGAGUCAGCUAGAAAUGCUUUGGGUAUGAGAUAUAAGCUACUGCCAUAUUUGUACACCCUUAACUAUGAGGCUCAUAUUAGUGGAGCCCCAAUUGCUAGGCCUCUUUUCUUCUCAUUUCCAACUUACACCGAGUGUUAUGGCCUCAGCACUCAGUUCUUACUCGGUAGCAGCCUAAUGAUUUCUCCUGUGCUUGAACAAGGAAAAACACUAGUUAAAGCACUCUUUCCUCCCGGAACUUGGUAUAGUUUGUUUGAUUUGACAAGUGCCAUUGUAUCAAAAGAUGGAAGCUAUGUUACCCUCGAUGCACCCUUGCAUGUGAUCAAUGUGCAUCUGUAUCAGAAUACCAUUCUUCCAAUGCAACAGGGUGGAAUGGUAUCUAAGGAUGCUAGAAUGACACCCUUUAGCCUCACUGUGACCUUUCCAGCUGGUGCAACUGAAGGAGAAGCUAAAGGAAACCUAUUCCUCGAUGAUGAUGAGAUACCAGAAAUGGAGCUUGGAAAUGGGUAUGCAACCUACGUUGAUUUCCAUGCAACCAUCAAAGAAGGAACUGUGAAAGUUUGGUCACAAGUCCAAGAGGGCAAGUUUGCUUUGGAUAAAGGUUGGAUUAUUGACACAAUCAACGUGGUGGGAUUAAAUGGAAUUGGAGCAUCAUCUACCAUUAAGAUAGAUGGAGAGCCAUUGAUGGGUGUGUCAAAUGUGCAAGUUAGUACAUUUCAACAUGAGUACCUGUAUGGCCUGGGAGAUGGAGAACAGAAGACAGUGAUGGUAGUGUUGCAGGGCUUGAACAUCCCUGUAGGUCGAAAUUUUGCUAUUACCUGGAAGAUGGGAUCAUAA